ACAAACAUGGCGUGUGUUCCGUUAUUAAUGCUAUUGCUGGAAUUCUUCGUGUUUGCUCCGUUGCCAUGUUUUGCUCAGUGUCCAAGAAAUUGCCAGUGCACAGAACAAGGAACUGCUGGGUCUCCAAGUUUUAAGAAGACUGUUUCUUGUUCAGCAAAACUUGGCGAGUUGGAAGUUGCUCCUAAUGUCCCCACAGACACGACUCACUUAGACUUGAAUAACAACCGUCUCAAGAUCGUGCCUUCCAGCUUAUUCCUUAAUUCACCCAAUCUGAAGGAAGUCUACUUGAGUGGAAAUCCGCUGACUUGUGACUGUCAGCUCUACGGUCUCUACAAUGCUACGCGCCACCUCGCAAAGUUUACAGGGACCUGCUACAAGCCAGAUAGAUUACGUGACAAAGACAUCGCUUCACUCAAGCUCUGGGACUUCUGUCGAGGCUGUGCUUUGGUCAAAGUUGUGCAGAACUCUAACGAAGACAAAGAGUACUCGAUGGAAAUUAGCGCAAACUGUGAUACGCACGUGCGUUUAUUUUGUCGAGGAAUGUCCACAGAUUCUCCUAAAGAAUACAUAACACUUAUAUCUGGACAGAGCAAAAACUACGCUUAUGUUCACGACUACAAACAACCAUCUGCUUCCAGGGACAAAUGCGUAAAGGCCAGUGGUGGCUCGAUGUACAUUGAGGCAGGGUUAACCAACUUCUCCAAAGUUCACUUGGAUCUGACCACCAUGAGUAUUGUACCAGAUGACUUCUAUUACUCCACAACAAGCUCUGGAAAACCAAUCAAGUAUGGAGAAGCAGGUGAUUGUUACUCCGCCAGUAAAGAAAGUUGUCGAAAAGGAAAAUUUCAAAUUGAUCUCAUGGGGACUGGGUUCCGCCUGAAGGAGGAGGUUUAUUGGGAACCAUAUGGUACUCCUUCAGAUAUCAAGAACUCACUGGACAUUGAUGAGGAUCGUACUCUGGUAUCUGCAGAAUGUGGGGGGUACUGCGGCGGCUGCAGGGCGCAUGGUGGAAAUCUAGCGGUGGAGCUGGACUAUUGUCCUCAAGAGGGAAUUAAGACUUGCCAUCACGCCUUGGGGAUGGAGGAUGGCUCAAUUUCGAAUGGCCAAAUUACAGCAUCAAGCCAGAAAACUGACAGAGACAAGAGUUUCAAAGCAGAAUAUGGCCGAUUGAAUAACAAGCCCUCUGGGGCCAUGGGAGGGGCUUGGUGUGCUCAGAUGUCUGACAAAUUCCAAUACCUUCAGAUUGAUCUCAACAAAGAGAUGACGUUGUCAGGUGUGGCCACCCAGGGACAAAUUGACGCGCCUAACUGGGUGGCAAAAUAUUCCAUUCACCACAGUACGGAUGGAACAAACUGGAAGGACUACAAGGAGUUUGGAUCUGACCAGGUAUUUGAUGGCAACGAAGACCAACAUAAUGUGGUAACAAACUGGUUUAAUCAGAGAUUUCGAGCACGCUAUGUAAGAAUUAAACCAGGAUUGUACAGCAGUCCUACAAACACAAUCUGCUUACGUGCCGAACUAUAUGGAUGUGUUACAGAUAUCGUCUCUGUCAUCAUCCGAAGUAGCUCAACCAAAAACUGCUGGUCUCCAAAAACGAGUUCCAAUCCUUGCGAGACAUCAGACGGUUCCCUGUUCACUUUGCAAUCCUUCUGUCAGGGGGAGGGGGUGAUGAUGGCUUUUCGUCGCGAUGGAAGCCUUAUUCACAGCUGCAGUGGCAAGUGUGUGUUUAAGAAUGCAAAAGAUCAACUUGCCUUGAGAGAUGGACCUUGUGAUACAUUUGCAAAACACGAGAACCCUGAUGGUACUAUUAUAAUCAGCCACCAAGCCGGCGGAUUAUGUGUCAAUUUGGAUGCUGGAAACAACUUGAUUCUGUCUCCUUGCGGUUCUCGUUAUUUGUUCGAAACCACACAGUCCGGACUCCAGCCGAUCAGACCAAAGUUCAAGAGGAAUAGUCCCCAGUACCUUACUCUCAAUAAACCAGGAUUGAUCCAUUGUCAAGUUGUUUCCGAUCCAAGAGCAAAAUUGUUUUGGACAAAAUCUCUUCAUUGGCCCAAUGGGGACCACCUUCCUAAUCUGGAAUUUGUGCCUUUUUCUAACGGAUCGUUGUUUGUGAGGAAGGCUAAGAAAAGUUAUGAAGGGGAUUUCUACUGCACAGCUGUCAAUUCUGGAGGGUUUAAGAUACAGGACAUUACGAUUAAAGUUGCAGAGCCGCCUAAUUUUAUGAAACGUCCUAGUGACUUGACAACGUCGGUAAACAAAACAGUCAUGUUUGAUUGCAAAGCAGUCAGUGACCUUGGAGUAAAGUAUUCCUGGUUUCAACUCGUGAAAGGAUCUUCUACAGCAACGUCUGUACUUAAGUUGGACAAACGGUUCAACAUUUUCCCCAAUGGGUCUUUGGGUAUACGCAGUGUGCAGAAAAAAGAUGAAGCAAAUUAUCACUGCCGAGCAGAAAACCCCAUAGGAUACAACAAUGUCACAGCGUUUAUGCGUGUGCUAGUUCCUCCUAGAUUCACAGUCCAGCCCCUCGGCUCAGCGGAACCAUCCGGAAGCUCUUCUGUGUACAACUGUCAAGCGGUUGGGGACCCUGUGCCAACCAUCAGGUGGACCAAAGUUGGUUCUGUGCAACCGCCUUUAGAGCAGUUACAAAAUGGCAGCUUAUUACUCAGAAACAUCCAAAAGUCUGAUGAAGGUCAAUACACCUGCUUGGCAACCAAUACUGUGAAGACGGCCACAGCUAAAAUUACAAUAAGCGUCUACACUGCCUGUAGAAUUGAUUCUCAAGCCAACGCAAUUCACCGACCAGAUCGCAAGUUCUUUGCAGUCGGAGAAAAGGUCAUCGUGGAUUGUAAACCAGGUUUUGAGAAGAAACAAGAUGGAAAUCUGUCGUGCAAGGCAGAUGGGAAUUGGAACAAAGGCUUCCCUCAGUGUACCGAUCUCGACGAAUGUUCGAUCCUUUCAUCACGGUCAGUUAUCCAGAAUAGCACGAAGAUUCGAAGUUGUCAUGACAAAGCCCGCUGUGUGAACACUGUGGGCUCAUUUGGUUGUGAAUGCAGGAGGGGAUAUGCUGGUGAUGGAUUUUCUUGUACUGCUGUUUGUUUACCACCAUCGCAAGAUGGUAAUGGAAAAUGGAUGCCAAAUAAACCAAGUUACCGCAUUGGCGAGACAGUUUUGCUCAACUGUGACUUGGGAUACAAACUGGCGAAUUUAGGUCCAUCGAGUGUAACUUGUGGAAAAGACACCCAAUGGAGUACUCCCAAUCCUUCUUGUCAAGACAAAAAUGAAUGUAGAGAGGGAACUCCUUGCCACAAGAAUGCUGAUUGCGUCAAUACUGUUGGUUCAUUCAUAUGCAGAUGCAAGGAAAGAUUCCAAGGAGAGGGCGUAACGGAGUGUAAAGAAGAGAAAACACGUACUGUUACUGGAUCCGAUGGAAAAGUGUGGAAAUACUCAGCCAAGAUGACUAUUCUGGAUGAAAAACUUAAACAAUUUGAUGAUAAAAACAUCACUGCUGAGGAUCUUCUGGCUACCGUUCUUAACUCCUCCUCCCCAGGCUCCGGACAACCGAUGGCGGGUGACCUGGUGAUGAUUGUUCAGGGGAUGGACACUGCUCUGUCAAAUCUGAAUUCCAAACAACGAAUGGCUACUGCCAAGCAAGUCAUACAAAUUUCCAGUAACAUCUUGGAUAAGAAAAACAAAGAACAGUGGAGUGAACUACAAAAGGAUUCCAAGGGUGUAACUGAGGUAAUGGCGUUACUAGACGAGUUUGCUAUGAAGCUAGCCUCAGAUCUGGAGAAACAAAGCUCGGAGAAUGCCACUGUUGAUAUCAAAAUGGAUAGAAUUGGAAUGAAAGUGAUGGUUAAAGAUGCGAACAAGUUUUCGACUGAUGUAGAGUAUCCUCAAAGCUCCGAACAGAGCAACGAUGGGUCAGCGCGGAUUCGUUUGCCUCAAGAACUGUUUGCCAAAUACAAAGACGACUUGCCCGUUAAAGUGACGAGUUUCUAUUUUAAAGAUUUGGGUGAACUUCUGCCAAAGAGAGGAGAGGGAUUCAGGAAGUUUGAUGUGAGUUCGCCGAUAGUGUCCAGCUCCUUGUCUCCUGUUCCUUCAGAGGGGAAACUGGACCCAUCCAUAAUCAUCACAACGAGGAAUAAAAAGCCAUCAGACAUCGAAGCUGUAGAAAAAUGCGUCUACUGGGACUUUGAAAAAUCCAAGGAUCUCGGAGGAAGUUGGUCAUCAGAUGGCUGCCAAGUGGUGUCCAGUGGUAGGAACGGCACAGUAUGCGAAUGUAAUCACCUAACCAGCUUUGCCUUGCUGUCUGUGUAUGACAAGGAACUUACUUUUAGCUUUAUUAUAUACAUCGGCUGUGGAGUGCUGCUGUUAGCUGUAAAUGUGGCAUUGAUACGACACUUUUACCUGUACUGCAAGCGUCGUGCAGAACGGUCCAUCAUACACAUUAACCUUUGUUUGGCCAUAGCCGCUGGCAUAGCCCUUUUCCUUGGUGGGCUCAGACUGACGAAAAUUCCGGUGGUUUGUACCAUUGUGGCAGCUUUACUUCAUUUUUUCUUCAUCGCCAUGUUCUGUUGGGCAGUUUGUGAAGGACUUCAACUGUUCAUGACUCUAGCUACAGGAAAAAAUAAGAACUCGACCAGACUAAAGUAUUUCUUCAUCAUCGGUUGGAUUUUUCCGCUGAUUGCUGUUGGAGUCUCUCUCGGCAUCACGCAGUUACAAGGUUAUGGGAACGGUGAAUGGUGUUGGCUAGAUUAUUCACACGUGUUAAUGUGGUCGUACGUUUGUCCAGCCGCUGGAUUCACUUUGGUUCUUCUCGUGUUAAUGGUGAUGAUCCUUUGUUACAUGGGACGAGUUGUUGAUUCUAAAGACAGAAGAAAAGUCUGUCUGUCAGUCUUGUUCCUAUUUUUCCUCAUUAUUGCCAUCGCGGGGACCUGGGUCAUAGCCGCCAUUUAUGUCAAACAUCACGAGACGAGCUUGUGGCAGUACUUGUUCGCGGCCGCAUGUUUACUGCAGGGAAUUUUACUUUUUGUUUAUUGUUUCCUGAAUCAGACCGUCAAAAACUUUACGUUCCACUAUCAGAUUAAAAGAAUGCAGAGCAGAGAAAAACGGAAUUAUUACAGUACCACCGAUACGGUUCAGUAUUACGGUGCGAAUACAGUGGAUGCAAAAUACAAAGUGACCAGACCUUCUAUCAAAGAGUCAAACACAGAUCUUCGAGGCUCGUCCAAGAGACUUUCCCGGAUUGGCUCCACCACAUCCGGGGUCUUUGAUAAUAAGGAAGAAUAUCCACCCCCUAUCAUGGACACACCCGCCCCAAUGGACACCGCAAUUAAAAGGAAAAUUGAAAGUCAACCAAUUCCAGACUCUCCUGGAGGUGAUGUGAUCCAACUACGAGCGUUUCCUUCUCGGAAAGGAAGUUCAUCUUAUUAUUCAUUGGGCGCCUACGAAUCUACCAGCGAUCGCGAUCGGCGUCCGGACGGAGCCGAAGAACCGGACGUGGCUAUGGGAGAACGAAGAUAUUCCAGGUCGAACAUGCGUAAGAGUGCCGACACAUUGUUGUCGAGUCAUUCCAAGCUACAACAGAUCCCUGAGCGACAGCCCCUUAUGCAUUCUGGGUACCAUCAGCCAGAAUCACGAGAAUCAGUGCAUCAGAGACCCUACGAUAACAAGAAAAAGUCGCCAUUCGAAGAAGACCACUUCUAUGGUUCAAGGGACACAGCCCUGGACUCCUCGCGACGUAAGUCACGUCGUUCUCGCAGAAGACUCGAAGAAGAAUUCGGAAAGUCCGACCGAGAAUCGAUUUCACAGCGUAAGAAGAGUUUGCGAUACUCUUCUGGUUUUUUCAGUGGUGUAACAGUUGAACAAGAUCCACAAAAAGGGGAAAAGCCACAUGCAAGCCUUUGAGGAAAAUUAGCAAAUUUUUACAAUUCGAAAGAGUGGUGCAUCACUCGCCGCACGGAGAAAAAACGCGUGACUACAAUGCAAUCAACUCAAUAGCUAUCACGCGUUUGCUACGUGCAACUAGUUACCGCGUCGCAAGAGAUGUCAAGCGAACUGCUCGCCAAGAAUUGUAAUGUAUGGGAGAGAGAAAAAGUUACUUUCAAUUCUUAAAAAUGACAAUUUCUAAAAACAGUUCAGAAACAGGUAUGUUCGCCCAUAUAAAAGAUGAAUGUAUAAAGGGGGUAAGUUAAUAAAGAAACUGUGCUGCUGCA